GCUUGCUUAACCGUUGCGCCGUUAAGCAAACGUGCCUCCGCUCAGUUCAUCCGAUUUUUUUCAGAUCGCGUCCUCUUCGCUGCGCGUUCUCUUUUCGCAUCGCCCGGAAACGGGCAAACAACGACAGUGUUUGCGGAUAACGUGAUCGUCCGAUUCGCGAUCUUCGCCGGACGAUUUUCAUCCUUUCGUCUUUUCUCUGACCUGGAUCUUCCUCUUUAGAACAUGGAAUAUGCGUGGCUGGGCAUUCUAGUGCUAUGGGGAAUAAUCUCAAGUGUAGCCACCGAAAGAGAAUCAUACUACACGAUUAUUGCUCCGAAAGUGGUACGUCCUGAUUCAGAGUAUCAUGUAGCAGCAAGUGUUACCAGUGUAUCGACACCAUCAACGAUAUACGUCGAAUUAACUGGAGACCUCGAUGCAGGAAGGAUAUUCAACAUAUCUCGAACAGUAGUCGUCGAGCCUUACUCUACUAAAAUCUUACGAUUGGAUAUCGGCGAGACCACGCCGGGAAAAUACAAACUUACAGCACGCGGCUUGUCGGGUAUCGAUUUUUAUAAGUCAAUAGACAUUGAAUAUGUGCAUAAAAGUUACUCUGUUUUCAUCCAGACCGAUCGGGCGAUUUAUAAACCCGGUCACAAAGUUAUGUUUCGCUGUAUAAUAUUGGAUUCGAGAUUGAGGCCGAGUAUUGUGGGACCGACGGAUGUGUAUAUCAUUGACGGCGAUGGAAAUCGUAUCAAGCAAUGGAAUCGACCAUCGGUGGCUCACGGGAUCUUUAGUAGCGAAUUGGAGCUGUCGCAGUCACCGGUAUUGGGCAACUGGAAAAUUAUUGCCAAUGUGGGCGAUCAGACGUUCGAAAAGGAAUUUGAAGUCGCGGAGUAUAUCCUGCCCAAUUUUGAGGUGACAAUUGAUUCGCCGAAACAUGUGCAAUUCAAGGAAUCAAAAAUAAUGGCAACUAUUCACGCGAGGUAUACCUAUGGAAAACCGGUAAAAGGCGAGGCUACGAUAACAGUUUACCCAGACAUUUUUUCUGGCGUUAUUCAACCGAUAUUCCAACAACCCGUGAGAAAAGUGGUACCGAUCGAUGGGAAAGUUACAGUUGAUUUCGACAUUUUGUCUGAAUUGAGAUUGACCGACGAAUACGAAAGACCCGUCAUGAUUGAUGUGGUGGUAGAGGAGGCGUUAACUACCAGGAGACAAAAUGCCUCGAUACAAAUAACAUUACAUAAACACAAGUAUACGAUGGAAUUAAUAAAAACGUCGGAAUACUUCAAACCGGGAUUAAAAUACACCGCUUUCCUAAAAUUAACGAAUCACGACGGAUCGCCAGUACAGGACACCAAGAACGAUGUCCUAAUAGCGUAUGGAUAUACGUACGAUCGAUCGAAAUAUUUAAAUAUUACAAGAAUGUUGGAUCAGAACGGCAUGAUACAUUUAGAUUUAUAUCCACCCAAGGCGAGCGAUAAUAAUAGUUUUCCUCUAAACAUAGAGGCACAGUAUCUAAAUCUUCACGAAUGGUUUCCCUCGACUAAUCAAGCCACAUCUGUGAGCAACGAAUACAUCCAAGCAGUCCUAAAAACGGAAAAGCCAAUGGUGAACAAUUAUAUCGAGAUUGAAGUAAAUUCUACCGCUCCGUUGAAAUACAUAAGUUACGAGAUACUCGGUCGCGGUGACAUUCUAGAUGCGGGAUCAAUCUACGUGCAAGACAAGUACACAACAUCCUUCAAAUUUUUGGCAACAUACGUCAUGGCACCUACCGCGCAUAUAAUUGUAUAUUACGUGCGAACGGACGGAGAAGUAAUAGCGGAUUCAUUGGAUGUUGAACUCACUGGAUUACUUCAAAAUUUCAUCGAUCUUAAAGUAACACCAGGCGAAGUCAUGCCUGGGGAAAGCGUUAAUCUUAUGAUAUCAGCGAAACCAAAUUCCUUUAUCGGAUUGUUAGGCGUCGAUCAGAGAUCCAUCCUGUUGAAAUCGGGAAACGAUAUCUCUUACGAGCAAGUAUACAAGGAACUGCAGUCAUAUGACAGGGUGAAAGCAUCACCAUAUACAGAUUCGUUUUUCGAUCGUCCUCUCUGGAGACCCGGUUCAGGAACGGCAGAUGACGUGUUUCAAAAAACUGGUGUGGUAAUCCUCACAAAUGGAUACGUCCACGAGAACUUCCCUGCGCGACCAGAGAUUCUCAAGGGUAGAAUAACGGGCUCGCCUCAUGGGGUGUCCACGCUUCGACCAGAUCUUGGUCCACCUGUCACGCACAGAUUAGCGACCAGACCGCCGCUGGCAGGUCCUUACGCCUUCUCUCGCAUCCCAAACCCUGUCUGGAAUAAGCCCCGUGUAUUCCUAAUGCAUGACAUCUUAAACACCUGGCUUUUUGCAAACUUCUCUUCAGGAUAUCAGGGAAAAGCUGAACUACGACGAAACGUACCGGAUUCCAUCACAUCAUGGGUGUUGACCGCAUUCUCCCUGAACGAUGCACAUGGAUUAGGCCUUAUAGAGGAACCCAGAAAGCUGAAAGUCUUCAGACCAUUCUUCAUAUCCAUGGAUUUGCCGUACUCGGUAAUUCGGGGAGAAAUCGUAGGAAUACAGAUUGUAGUGUUCAAUUAUAUGAAUAAAGACCUGACAGCUGAGGUUCUGCUAACUAAUGAGGGACAAUUUGACUUUGCGGAGAUUUCUAAUGAAGUCCACGAUGUACCGAAAUUGGAAUUGUAUCGUAAGAAGAAGGUGGAUGUGAAAGCUAAUUCUGGCUCGAGUGUAUCGUUCAUGAUUAUUCCAAGGGAAUUGGGAUACAUCACUAUAAAGGCGACCGCUAACAGCGUUUUGGCUGGCGAUAGUGUCGAACAUAAGUUACUCGUCAAUGCUGAAGGGGAAACGCAAUACAAGAACGAAGCGGUAUUCCUGGAUUUGAGAAAUGUGGAAAACGCAGAUGCAAACGUUACCAUCAAUAUACCUAAUAAUGCAGUUUUGGGCUCCGAAAGCAUACAAAUUUCUGCAGUCGGUGAUAUCUUGGGUCCCAGUAUCCCGAACUUGGCAAACUUAAUAAAAAUGCCAUUUGGUUGUGGCGAGCAGAAUAUGCUGAAUUUCGUACCGAAUAUCGUCGUUUUAAAUUAUCUGAAGAAUACAAACCAAUUAACGCAAGCUGUGCAAAGCAAAGCUUUAAAAUACCUGGACACCGGCUAUCAGCAGGAAUUAACUUAUAGACAUACCGAUGGCUCUUUCAGCGCGUUCGGUAUGUCGGAUCCUAGCGGGAGUACAUGGCUUACAGCCUUCGUAGUGAAAUCUUUCAAGCAAGCGGCGGAAUACAUAACGGUCGAGGAUAGGAUCAUAAAUGAAGCCUUGGAGUGGUUGUCGAAUAAUCAAGCAUCGAACGGCUCCUUCCCCGAAGUGGGAAAGGUCAGCCAUCGUGAUAUGCAGGGUGGAGCUGCAAAGGGACUCGCUCUAACGGCGUACACGCUUAUCGCUUUCCUUGAAAACGAGGUGAGUGCGAUAAAAUAUCGUAAUACGAUAAACAAAGCUGUCGACUACAUCGUUCGUAACAUGGAAGGAUUAAACGACACGUAUGCAUUGAGCUUGUGCGCCUACGCCUUGAAUUUGGGGAAGCAUCCAUACGAGACGUCCGCGUUUAAUUUCCUGGAAUCGAUGGCUAUGACAAAACAGGGUAUCAAAUGGUGGAGCAAAGCUAUUCCAAAAGACGACAAAAAUCCGCAUUACUCUUUACCGCGUUCCGUCGACGUCGAAAUGACAUCUUAUGCUUUACUCUCGUAUCUCAGACGUAAUCUGGUCGCUGACGCAAUUCCCGUCAUGAAAUGGCUCGUCAAACAAAGAAACACAGAAGGAGGUUUUGCCUCGACGCAAGACACCGUGAUCGGACUUCAAGCAUUAGCGAAGCUCGCUGAGAAAUUGUCAAAGGAUACGAGCUCGGUUCGAAUCGCAUUUAAAUAUGGGAGAGACGGUCAAGGAUACAUGAACAUAAAUAGCGGCAAUUCUAUGAUACUUCAAAAACAGAUACUACCCACGAAAACACGGUUCGUCAAUAUAACGGCAUCCGGUAAAGGUUUCGUGUUGGUGCAAGUCUCCUAUCAAUAUAAUGUAAACGUGACUGGGGCAUGGCCAUUAUUCACGUUGGAUCCUCAAGUGGAUAAAAACUCCAACCCCAAUUAUUUACAACUGUCUAUAUGCUCGGGAUUUGUUCCAACCAAAGAAGCAAACGAGAGCAAUAUGGCCGUUAUGGAAGUAAGUCUACCUUCCGGCUUCACUGUUGACAGAGAUUCUCUACCGAGUCUAGAAAUAUCAUCGCAUGUAAAACGUGUGGAAACUAAAAAUGGUGACACAAUGGUGGUUUUAUAUUUCGACAAGAUGAUCAAGGAAGAGUAUUGCCCUACUGUAUCCGCAUUUAGGACGCAUAAAGUAGCUAAGCAGAAACCAGUUCCCGUUUCUAUAUAUGAUUAUUAUGAUUCAUCAAGAAGAGCAAGGGUAUUUUAUGAGGCUAGAAAAACAACUUUGUGUGAUCUAUGCGAGGAUGAAGAUUGUCAAGAUAUAUGUGUCUCAACACCUGGCAAACAGAAGGAUAAUGCUACAGUAUCCGCUGCGUCUCAUAUUUAUACUUGUGUAUAUUUACAGUUCAUGUUCUUCUCGUUUUACUUACAAGUUUUGCUUCAUAAGUAUUUGUAAUUACGUUGUUAUCGCGCGAGAAUAAUUAUUUUACUAUAUACCUUAAAUCUCUAACAAACUAACGUGAAGGAGCUGUAUAAGUUGCGACCAAAGUACUUGUUAUACAGAAUAUAAAUUAUAAUCCAUUUUUAUGGAAUAUCCAAAUCAAACUAACGUAAGAUUUAAUUACUUGAUAAUAUUAUGUUUAUAAUAAAACCUAAUAAUGUUUCUUGUUAUUAGGGAAAGUUA